AUGCCCGAGGAAACUUUCACCCCUAUCGGCCAGAAGGUCGAGGAUAUCGCUCCCGGCGCCACCGAGGAGACCCAGGCCGAGGAUGACCAGCCCCGCGGUGUUGAGGAGAUCGAGUCUCUCUGCAUGAACUGCCACGAGAACGGAAUGACACGUCUUAUGCUUACCCAGAUUCCCUAUUUCCGCGAAAUCAUCAUUAUGUCCUUCCACUGCGACAAGUGCGGCUUCCAGAACAACGAGAUCCAGCCUGCCGGCACCUUCCAGCUUAAGGGCGUCCACGUCGAGCUUCGCCUUACCCAGAUGGAGGACUUCGCUCGCCAGGUUGUCAAGUCUGAUACCGCCACUGUCAAGUUCAUUGAGCUGGAUGUCGAGGUUCCCCCUGGCCGCGGUCAGCUCACCAACGUUGAGGGUCUUCUGAGCACCAUUAUCGACGAUCUCGAGUCCAACCAGGGCGCCCGCAGGGAGCAGCAACCCGAGGUUGCCGAGAAGGUUCAGGAUAUCAUCGACAAGGGUCGCAAGAUGCUCGCUGGCGAGGCUUUCCCCUUCCGUGUCUCUGUCGACGACCCGGCCGGUAACUCCUUCAUCACCCCCGACAUGCGCGACGGUGUUGGCAAGUGGGAGAAGCGCGAGUAUCUCCGUACCAAGGAGCAGAAUGAGGCUCUCGGUCUCACCGACACCAGCAACGAAGGCCUCACCGAGACCGGCGACAUCAUUUCCCCGACACUAUCUACGCCUUCCCCGCCACCUGCCCCGGCUGCAUGCACCCUUGCACCACCAACAUGA